CGAGAGAUAGAUUAGAAAGAGUAGAGGGGUCAUUAGCUGAGGACCACUUUACUCAGCCGAGAGCGAGCCCCCUGUGUCUGGACCUGUCUGCGCGUGCCUCACCUGGUGCAGGUGAAGUGGACAUGAAGGAGCUUUAGAGAGACCCGCAGCGCGCGCAUGUGAGUGUGUGUUUGUACUUGACAGUGAGAGAGUGUGUGUAUGUUUUGCAUUUAAGUUGAGUGUCAUUCUGUGUGUGUGUGUGUGUGUGUGUGUGUGUGUCUACAGCGCCCCCUAGUGCGUCAUAAACUUUGGUCUUUAAUACAACUUAAAUGACGUUAGUACUGGUGCAUUGAUGUUAAUGUCAGUAAUGCUAGUGCAGUUGUGUCAGUGGCAGUAGUACUGGUGCAUUAGUGUCAGUGUCCAUAGUACUAGUGCAUUAUUGUUAGUAUUUCUAGUUUUAGAGUGUUAGUAUUAGGAUUAAAUUAGUGCAUUAGUUUUACUGUCAGCAGUACUAGUGUAAGUUUCAGUAGUUCUAGUGCAUUAGUAUUAGUGUCGACCCUUCUAGCGCAUUAGUGUCAGUGGCGGCAGCAGCACUUGUGCAUUAGUAUUAGUGUGAGUAGUAUUAGUGCAGUGGUAUUAGUGUCAGCAGAACUAAUGCAUUGGUGCUGAUGUGAUGUGUUAAUAGAUCAAUACUAGUAUGUUGAUCUAAGUGUCUGUUAGUGUUAAUGUUUGUAGUACUUUUAUUUUUGUGUGAUCACUACAAGUGAUAGUUAGUGUUAGUAGUAGUAGUUAGUAGUAGUAGCAGUACUAGUGCACUUAUUGUUUGUGUCACCUGUACUUGUGCAUUGGUUUACUGGGAGCAGUACUUGUGUGUUUCCAUUAGUGUCAAUAAUACUAGUGCAUUACUAUGAGUGUCGGCAGUACUGAUGCAUUGGUAUUAGUGUGCACUGUACUAGCAUGUUAGUGUCAGUAGUACAGUUCUAGUGCAUUAGUAUUAUUAUCAGCAGUACUAGUGUAUUAGUAUCAAUGCCAGCUGUACUAGUCCAUUACAGUUAGCAUCAACAGUACUAGUGCAUUAGUGUCAGUGUUGGCAGUAUCGGUGCAUUAGUGUUAGCAGUAAUAGUAGAUCAGGGCCAGUAUCAGCGGUACUAGGACGUUAGUGUCAGUACCCGCAGCAUUAGUGCAUUAGUUUUAUCCUUAUUUACUACUAUGUAGUGUGUAGUGUAGCAUUAGUGUUUAGUGUCCUAAGUUAUUAUUGAGUGUGUGACUGUGUGAAAGAGAGAGAGUGAUGCGUUUCUCCGGCUCCAUGCGACUUCGCAUUGGUGAGGCUGUGCACCUGCAGCCCACCUCUGCUGCCACACGCCAUGCAGCACUUUUCGGUAAAGCAACGCACACACUGGACCCGUACAUUGUGGUGAAGGUGGAUGAGUACCGUGUGGGCCAGACACGCACCAAGCCCCGCACAAGCUCCCCGACCUACAACGAGGAGUUCGACGCAUGCGUGAGUGCCGGCAGCACACUGGAACUCGCAGUGUUCCACGACGCUCCUAUAGGAUAUGACCAGUUCAUAGCAAACUGCACCAUCCGCUUCCAGGACCUGAUGGAGACCACCAGCACUGAGGAGACGUUUGAGGGAUGGGUUGACCUGGAGCCAGAGGGCAAAGUGUUCAUUGUGAUCAGUCUCACUGGAUCCUUUACAGAUGAUGACACUGGAGUGAAUCCACAUCAGUUUAAACAGUUUUCUCGGAAACGUCAGCAGGCGGUCCGCCGCCGGAUCCACCAAGUCAAUGGACACAAGUUUAUGUCCACGUACCUCAGGCAGCCCACCUUCUGCUUCCACUGCAAGGACUUUAUAUGGGGUGUGUUUGGAAAGCAGGGGUACCAGUGUCAGGUGUGUACCUGUGUUGUCCACAAAAGAUGCCAUCAGCUGGUUGUGACAGAGUGUCCACGCAUGAAGAAGCCUGCCAAAGAACAGACGACCAAUCAGGGCUUCAGUAUAAACAUCCCACACAAGUUCAACAUCCACAACUAUAAAGUUCCUACUUUCUGUGACCACUGUGGGUCACUACUGUGGGGAAUUGUGAAACAGGGACUGCACUGCAAGAUCUGUAAGAUGAAUGUGCACAUACGCUGUAAGGGGAAUGUAGCGCCGAACUGUGGAGUGAACAACGUGGAACUGGCCAAUAAACUGGCAGAAAUGGGCCUACAGCCCGGGGGGAUGUCCAAACGCAACUCACUGUCUCCAGCAGCUCUGGAAGCACAGUCCCGCGGGAUGAGCUUGAAGAGAGAGUGUGAGGCUACUGAUAAAGAGCCGGGUCGGUCUCUGGGGAUGGAGCACUUCACCUUCUUGCAGGUUCUUGGCAAGGGCAGCUUCGGCAAGGUAAUGCUGGCUCGUCUGAAUAACUCUGAUCAGGUGUUCGCCAUAAAGGUGUUGAAGAAGGACAUCAUUCUGCAGGACGAUGAUGUUGAAUGCACAAUGACGGAAAAACGAGUUCUCUCACUCGCUGGCUCUCAUCCAUACCUCACACAGCUCUACUGCUGCUUCCAGAACCCGGAGCGUUUGUUCUUUGUGAUGGAGUUUGUGAACGGGGGGGAUUUAAUGUUCCACAUUCAGAAAUCCAGAAAGUUUGAAGAAAACAGAGCAAGGUUCUACACGGCCGAGAUCUCAUCUGCUCUUAUCUUCCUGCACAGCAAGGGCAUUAUAUACAGGGAUCUAAAGCUGGAUAAUGUGCUGCUGGAUAAGGAUGGUCACUGUAAGCUGGCAGACUUCGGCAUGUGUAAGGAGGGGAUGUGUGAGGGAGCUGUUACCGGAACAUUCUGCGGAACCCCUGAUUACAUCGCCCCUGAGAUCCUCCAGGAGAUGCUGUAUGGGCCAUCGGUGGACUGGUGGGCUCUGGGCGUGCUCCUUUACGAGAUGCUCUCAGGCCACGCCCCCUUCGAGGCAGAGAAUGAGGAUGAUCUGUUUGAGUGUAUCCUGAAUGAGGAGAUCAUCUACGCCUCCUGGCUGAGUGCCAAUGCGGUGGACAUCCUGAAAGCUUUCCUGACGAAGAAUCCUUCCCGUCGGUUGGGUUGUGUGGCGGCGGACGGUGGGGAAAAUGCCAUUAUCAGCCACACCUUCUUCAGCACCAUCGACUGGGACAAACUGAACCAGCGGGAGCUGGAGCCGCCGUUCAAGCCCCGAAUCAAAACUCCAGAGGAUGUCAAUAACUUCGACCCAGACUUCACGCAGGAAGAGGCCAUCCUCACGCCCAUCCUGGAUUCUGUAAUCCCACCCAUCAACCAGGAAGAGUUCUGCAACUUCUCUUUCACUUCUUCAGAGAUUUUGCAGUAUUGCCCUCCAUAAACCACUAGGGGGCGCUAUGAAAAGGGCAAAAUAAACCCCCAGAGGGAGCCAGCAGUUGUGGAAGAGAAGAAAAUGCCAUCAGGUGGAAAUUCUCAUCGCGGUGGACGUUCUGGAAUGCUCUGUUAGAGACGAUGGAGUUGUGGGCUGUUGUGGCUUGGCUGAAGCUAAUGCUGUGGAUGAGAGCUUGUGCUGUGCUGAUGUUUGCAUGGUGGAGUCAGAUUUCUGACCAUUUCUCUGUGGAAACCGAGAAAGUACUGCAUCUAGUGCAGUGACCUUCAGAAACAGAAGUGUGGCUUGCACUGCUUUUAGCUGUUUUAUUUUUGGGGCAAAGUUCAUUUUAAUGCAUUUUAGCAAUGGCUGUUUUUUUGCGAACGUUUGCAAGUCUAGGCUUUUUUUUAUGUGCCUUUAUCUUUCCAGGAUAAUACUUGUUUUAGGGUAAUAAUGAUGAACUUAAUGUUCUUGAUGCCUCUCCUCUUUCUUGGACAGACACAAUUUAGGCAUUUCAUUCAUGUGACUCCCAAUAACUAUGGCCUAAAAGGGCUAAGUUUAAUAUGUGGUGAAAGCAGCCAAUCAGGGUUAUUCCAAACUGGAACUGCACUAGAUAUUCAGAGAGUUCAGAAUCAACGACAGCUGGAUUCAUCUAUACUUUCCUGACGGCACUUAUUCUGUGGGACUGCAGUGUGCCAUGUUUUCCACAAAGUGGAGUUGUCACUGUUUUAGAUGCCAAAGAACUGAAGCCAGCUCUGUAUAACUCAGGCUAAGACUGAAAUUUGCUCUUAAUCACCUUCACUGGAGUGAAGGUAUCUGACACUGUUUCUAAAGGGGUUAUCUACAGGAUAUAUGGGACCCCCUCAAACUCACCACCCUGUGGUCAACUCAAUCCCUAAAAUAUAUCAGACAAGAGACAGCUUGGGUCUGCUUGGAUGAUUUUUUUUUUUUUUAUGUUUGAUGUGAAAAGAUUCAGAAUUCCUCUCUUAUUUACUAUUCAUCACAAUGAACAUAACUCAGUGCAGCUUUACUUUCACUUUCAAUAACAACAAACUAAAACCUCAACAUGUCCUUUACUUUCAACCAUCAACCUCAACUAUCUUUACUUUCAAUUUUAAUUCAGUUUUACUUUACUAAACCUAAUUGAACAUGAGUAUAUUUGACCAAAAAUUUGCCAAAAUCCUGCUGUGCUCCCAUGUUUUCAACACCAUGCCAGACUAUAGGAAAAACAACCGACAAUAUAAGUAAUAAGAAACUCUAUUUAACUUUUGCAAAAUGUAACCAAAAGUACGAUAAAAAUAAAUGUAUACAUAUUUUCCCUGUAGUUUGACAUUACAAGGUCACAUUUUGCAUAAUUUGCUGUGAAUUUUCAAACUCUGGAUGAUAAGGUGCACUAUCAAUGAACGUAUGUUUUCUGGUCUAUUUUCCUACAUAAGGUGCUCUGGAUUUUUAAGGCGCAUUAUGCGACACUAGUAAGGAACAUGGGUGUUGCCAUGUUUCCCUUCUAAUUUAGCAGGUCUUGCCGCUGGGUGGAGGGGGAGGGGGUAACUUAAAACAAACAAAAAAAAAGAUAAACAAAAAAAGUAAAAAAGAACCCCCUAAUUCUUAAAAAAACAUUUUCUUUUUAAAGUCACAUGAGUGCUGGAUAUUAAUCUAUACAGAUUUCUCUCCUGAAAAUUGUCUAUUUGGGUGAGAAAAGCACUUUUGUUUAUUUACAGUAAGCUUAGAUUUCCAAAUUUCCACUAAGACUGGGUGCAGCAGCAUUAGCAUUAGCAGCUAACCGCUAGCACUAGUCGCCUGACAGAGCUUCACUAAGGAACCCUGAGUGUUCUGGUAAGCCAGGGUGCUAUCAGCUAGCGGUUCGUCCCAUGUAGCUUUUUUUAACAUGUUAAAUGCGCAGACUACAGUCAAAUAUACCCACCACUGAUUGGUGAAGGAACUAGCACUUAAUGCUAAUGCUUCUCCAGCAGUGCUAGCCAGGGUUAGCAGCAGGCUACAGGCUGAUAAUACUCACUCGCUUAGCACGGUUAGCGGCUAAUGCUAAUGCUAAUGCUGCUCCAGUCUUGAGUCUCAGUGCUGGAGAAACUAAAACUCUUUUAUAAGGCUGUACUUCAGCAAAGUGGCUUUAUUGCUCCUUUCAACCUGACUGGUAAAAUUUAUACAUAAGGUGCACCGGAUUAUAAGUCAAUUUUUGGGAAAAUUAAUGGAAUGUAAGUUCGGAAAAUAUGGUAAAUUAAUUUAUUCAUUACUUAUUUCGUCAGGUACUUUUCCUAUGUUCCCUAAAGUGCCGCUUGGCGCUGAAGAUGUGGCAGAGCAGCAGGAUUUUACCUUAUUUUGGAUUUCAUAUGACUGUUUGAACUGCAGUCUGGUGAGCUUCAAGAGUUCCAGCCACAUACACAGAGUAGCAUCACUUUUGUGACCCCUAAGAAUGGUGUCAGGACCCCUUGGGGGUUGCAACCUAAUCUAAAGGAAGGUGAGGGGGGUGCAUCUGGCUGUAGCAGGGAUAUUGGAGGGUGGGGAUCAUUGAAGGGGUUUUGGUUGGUACCAUGACAUAAGAGGUAGUAUUGGGAAUGGAUGGUGUCCAGGUAUCAGAGGUAUAUUUUGUGUAUUAGAAGGGUUUGAAGGGUAUUAGCAGGGUAUUGGGGGUCAGGAUUGUUUGGGGGUGGAUCAGCAAGCAAAGUGUAAGUGGCAUCUGAGGUAAGGGUCAGUAUCUGUGGAGUAUUAGAGGCGUUAUGACCACAGGUUUAUCUAAAGGGGUAUUGGAUAGAUUUGGGGUGUUAUCAAGUAUAUCAGGUAUAUCUGGGGGAAGCUGGGAUACCUAAGGGUAGGCAGUAUUGAGGAAUGAAGGGUCAGUAAUAGUAAAAUAUUAGAGGGGUUAUGGUUACAGGUUUAUCUGAGGAGGAAUCAGGGUUGUGUGGGCGUAUUAAGGGGCUUGUAGUGUAUAU